ACACUAAUCUGUGUCAGUCAGUUAUCAAUGCUACACAAUGGCAGCAGGAUUAGAAACGUCAGAAACUGUCGACAUAAAUGACGUGUUUGAUUCCAUUGCUCUCAGUGAAAGUAAACUAGUCAAGCAAGGCUACUCAGAAGGCUAUCGGAAAGGCACGAAUGACGGAGAAUUGAGUGGCUUUCACCUCGGAUAUCAUCGAGGAAAAGAGUGUGGCACGGAGAUUGGAUAUUACAAAGGCGUUGUAAACACUUGGCUGACAUUACAUGACCAAAAAAUUUGCACUCUCUCGGAUAAAAUACUACUGGCGUUAUCGAAAGUGAAAUCAUUGAUAGAUGAGUUUCCCAUGAAGAUUGAUGAUAACAUAGACAUUGUAGAACUGAAAAACAACAUCUCAGCAUCUUACAAGAAAGCUUGCUCUUUAUUAAAAUUUGACGUCAAUUGCUCUGCAGAUUUUUCAUUUUAACUAGACCAUCACUAUCAUGGCAACAAAGGAGGUUUUACGCAAAAAGUUGGAGGAUAUGAUUCACUACCUCACACCAUUUUUACCUUUAGUGAACAGUCAUGUUGUGAACUUCAUCACUGACAAUCAAUGGGAUAACACUGUGCCUGAAAACCUAAGAGCUGAGUUUUCCACCAAAGGAUUCGAAAA